GCUUGGCGGCGCUGCAAUCAGUCCGUUUCAGUCCGUUUUGUUGUCGUCAGUCACGUUUACACUAAGUUGUUUUUAACCGGAUUUUUAGUGAAAUUCCUUUAGUUCGACAUCGCUUAUCGUAGUCCGAAGCCGAAGUGCGUGAAAAUGCUGCAAGACUCGCAGAACGUCCCGACAGAAUGUCGCGACAAGUAGGAUCGACGAGGGGCACCGUGUAACUACGCUCGGCAUUGAGAUAGCAACACCUGUCUAUUAAAUGGUGAUUACCGGUGCCAUGGAGAGAAGGAUAAAACUCAAGACUCUGAAUAGUCACAUAACUUGCAAGAUAUGUCGUGGAUAUUUGAUAGACGCUACCACCGUCACCGAAUGUCUGCACACGUUUUGCAAGAGCUGUCUGGUGAAACAUCUAGAGGAAAAGCACACUUGUCCAACAUGUCAAAUUGUCAUACAUCAAUCCCAUCCACUUCAGUACAUCAGCUUUGACAGAACCAUGCAGGAUAUUGUCUACAAAUUGGUUCCCGAUCUCCAAGAAAACGAAACCAAGAGGGAGAGAGAAUUUUACAGAGCCAGGGGAUUACCUUGUCCUAAGGACAUUUUACCUAAUGCAGGUGAAGUUGAGGAAGACAAGGCCAAUGUGGAUACCCAUGCUGAAUCUGAUUAUCACCGUACUGAUGAACAGGUCAAUGUAUGUUUGGAAUGUAUGAAUGCUAGUUUGAAGACACUGAAGAGAAGAUUUAUCAGGUGUUCAGCUCAGGCUACGAUAACACAUGUAAAGAAAUUUAUUGCCAAGAAAGUUCUGAAUGGCAUGGAAAAAUAUAGGGAUAUUGAUAUUUUGUGCAAUAACGAGUUACUAGGUAAGGACCACACGUUGAAGUUCGUUUAUGUGACGAGAUGGAGGUUCCGGGACCCACCCUUGAGACUACAGUAUAGAUCACACAUAGACAUGCAAAAUUAAUCUUUCCAUGUGUGAGCUGUAUUGAGGAAUCACAGAGAGGACCUACUUUGUACAUUUUUUCUAGUUCUAUUCUUACCGUAUCCAUCUCUAGUACUUAUUUCUAUACGUUUAUUCGCGCUAAACACCCGUGUUGAGGUUUGAGGAAAGCCAUUUUUCAGUUUUGCCGGAGUUUCAACGCUUAACAACUGCGCUUUCUUUAUUAUCAUCAUCGUCGAGUUUACCGAUAAUUAUAAGUACGAUCGCGCGUCCGCGUAUUUAUAAUUACGCAAUUAUACGUACACGAUUAUACGGAACGAUCCGUUUCUUCACGCAAAGUCGAGGAUCAGUUGUCAGAUGCCGCUUCAUCGUAUUCGAAGUUUCACACCUUCUUUGUUGUUACCUUCUUUGUUGAAAGCUGGAAGAAGUCUCGAUUUACAUACAAUAUAUAAAUGUGAAACUAGUGCGAAGAAGCGUCGUGACUCCUACAAUCUCCUAAAACGCAAAGAUUCGCGCAUAAGCGGACGAGCGAGACUUUUUGCGUUUCAACAAUGCGAAACAAAGUUCACGAUUGCUCGUUUUGCAUUAAAGAAGGUACCUCUUGUUUUAUAUAAUACAUACCCCCGUGGUUUGUACAUAGGAUAUUUUUGACAAAACUCGGACGUUGCGCAUAGACGCAAGGCUUCGUAUUAGGUGAAAGAAGAAACCGGGUCUGAACGUUCGCGUUUUCGGAUCCUUUUUAACUUUGUAUGUUUAUGCGCCGUACAUAUUCUAAUCGCGCCGUGAGUUCCGCCCGACGCCGACUUUCGUUCUAGAGAGUGCGAGAGAGAGAGAGAGAGACAGAGAGAGAGAGUGAGAACGGGGGAGGGAGAGACAGAAAGAGAAAGAAUGUUAUUUAAUGGCGAGACGUUAUAUUUUCAAGAGAUUCGCCGUCGACGGCGCCGCGCCGAGCGGAAACCGCGGCCCACGUCGCUUGUAGUAAAGUGAUCCUGUUUCGUCUAACAAUGUUGAGCGAAGAAUUUCGAGAAGAAAACAUGGUGUGAUUGUAUAUAAACAUUAGAGAAUACCGAACUCACUUUGCGAAGUAGCGGCAUUUCGAGGAUGCUAGAGCUUGUACGUUGUACACUGUAUAUGUGUAUCUCUAUAAAUUAUUAAAUAAAUAUGUUUUGUACAGUAACUCGCCGUGUCACGGCCACCCAUCGCGAACACGUGACACGACCAAGUCGAGCGAGAGAGAAGGAAUAUUCCAUCUGCACAAGUAAUUUCCGGAAAAUGUGCGCGGAUCCCCAGGGUCACCUCGACUCGUCCGUCACGAUAUUCAAAAAGCCCGCCCGCAUCUCGGAUGAAUUCGCGCCCCUUUUCGAAUGUUGCCGCGCGUGCGCUCACCGGGAACUCAUACCUCCGCGAAUGGCGCGGUCGAGAGGAGCGCAUUAACGACGAGCCUUCGGCCGAAUGCUUCGCUUCGUCGGGCUUCAGUUGAAUGAAAGACUCCGUGACGGUGGAGUCGAGGCUGCUUCGCCGGCUUUUUUCGUCCCGUUGCGACCCUCUGUGUACAAGUUUUGUGAAUAUUGCGUCGCGCGUUGCCGUGAGAAAAUCGCGGGAAACGAGUCGGUCACUUCUCCCCUGCCUGGUCGUAUGCGAAUUUCGUGGCGAAAUACCACGCUACGAAACGCGGGAAACAUCGUCGCUGCGAUAGUCGCGCGCGCGCGCGUGAGCGCGCGCGAGUCGAUGGUGCGAUGAGCGAGCGAUAGCGCGUGAGUUUUGGG